AUGCCAGCAAAGCCUUGCUGUGACCCGUGCCAGCAGUCCGUCUGCUGUGACCCAUGCCAGAAGCCUUGCUGUGACCCGUGCCAGCAGUCCGUCUGCUGUGACCCAUGCCAGAAGCCUUGCUGUGACCCGUGCCAGCAGUCCGUCUGCUGUGACCCAUGCCAGAAGCCUUGCUGUGACCCGUGCCAGCAGUCCGUCUGCUGUGACCCAUGCCAGAAGCCUUGCUGUGACCCGUGCCAGCAGUCCUGCUGUGACCCAUGCCAGAAGUCCUGCUGUGACCCGUGCCAGCAGCCCAUCUGCUGCUUCUGCCGGCUACAGAUGUGUCCUAUGGCGCAGAAGAACAUUGAGGACACAAAGAGCUGCCCAACCAUGCUUCCCAUUGCCGUAAAUCAGGUGAUGUCUAACGACACCAAGUAG